AAGCAUUUGGCAACCCCAGAUUAUCAAGGAACACAAUGGGGUGUGAAUUCUGCUGUGAAAAAGUAAGUCACAAAGAAAUUACAUUUUUUUUCCUUGCAAUGAGGUCUGUUAGCAGCCAGAUGUUGAAUUAGGCAGAGGAUAUUACAUGCAGUGUGUGAUGUCAGCAAAGGAAGCCAAGACAUUAGGUUGCAUUAUGGGAUGGCAAGCCCCCUCCCUGUAACAGUAUCAGCUGGAUUGAAAGAAGAAAAGAAGGGGCAACACAUAAAUCCCUCUGAACUGCAACAAAACAAGUAAAAAAGACACAUCUGUUGCUUCUGGAGUGUAAUUUUAGCCUCUUUGGUCCUUGGUACUUACAAUGCCUCCUGCACAGCAUACCAGAAGCUCUGUGAGUGUGAGCAGAGAUUUCUUAAAAAGUUUCCCUGGAGCUCUUAGACUGACACAGCUGCUCAGCGGAGCUGGCCUCUGGAUCACUAUUGCUUCAAACAAAUACGAAGGCUCCAUACAUUUUGCUCUGGCUGUGGCUGUAUUUUUCUGGCUGUUAACGUUGGCAAUCUAUUUCCUAACGCUGUUGGAUAAACAGGAGUUGGUGCCACUUGUGGGUGCUGAACGCUGGCUGCUCACCAAUGCCAUUUAUGAUGCUGUGGCCACUGUGCUUCAUAUAUCAGCAGCAGGGAUCAUGAUUAACAAGACUGUAGCAAACAGUUUCUGUAAUGUAGAGGGCUACUCACGGCCCUGCCUAUACAAGGCAUACCUAACUGCUUCUGUAUUCGCCUGUCUAUGCUGCCUGCUCUAUUUCUUGUCUGCCAUUUACUUAUCGUGCAAGAAAUGCAGGGGAAGCCAGACCGUUGACUGAAAAAGAGGACCCAUAUUAUUUUAUUCACAGUGCUGCCAAAAAAUAAAGAAACAUCUGGAGAUUUCAAGUAUUCACAUCAAGAUUGAAUUUUAUGAAAUUUGUUUUAUGCAGACACAAAGACAAAUAACUGUUCUGGAUUUGUACAAAGGCUUAUACAGAGUGUUUGGUACAAUAUUGACUGUUAGGUACAAAGUUCUUUUUUAUUUCAGUUUUUAUUCACAGUGCUGCCAAAAAAAAACUUCUGGACAUUCCAAGUCUUAAUAUCAAGGUUGACUUUUAUGAAAUUUGUUUUAUACAGAAUCAUCAAGGCCAAAUAAUUCUGCAUGUGGAUUUAUACAAAAGCUUUUCUUUCCUUUUUUUUUAUUAUUUUUGGUAAAAUAUUGACUUGUUUAUUUCAGUGUUCCAGUUGUGCAUCUUUACAGCCAACUGUUCUGUGCCUUUAUUUACAGAAGAUACAGCUGUAUGUGUUUAUUAUAUUGAGCUUAUGAUUUUGCCACAAUAUAUUGGUUUAAUAAUAAUUCACCCAAGUUUUUAUUGAACUGUUUCAGUAUUGGAUAAUUGAAAUAUAAAUGUAUACAACACAGACUUUUAAUUACCUUUGUUAAAUCCAAAAGAAUAUCCACAUUUUAACGUAAUUAUAUGUUCCAAACUUGCAUAGCUUAAAUAUAUUAAUUUGACCAAAAGAACUCCUGACUAUUAACUUAUUUCCUAUGAGAGGCAUAACAACAAUACAGGGUUAAAGGAACAUGGUGUUCAGAGCAUUUUCUACUAUGUACAGUAUAUGAAAAGCAGCAGUUGAACAUGUUAAAAUAUUUUUGUAUAAAAUGUCAAUUAAAAGUGGUUUACAUUUAGUGAAAUUGCCAAUUGAGUCUUGGGACUCAAACAGUGUCUGACAGCAACUACAUAAAAAUUUAGUUUAUUCAGUACUCAUUUAAAAAAAAAAAAAAAAAAGAAUGCACUGUAAUUUAUUAUAAAACAAUUUUCUUUUAGAUGAAACUAAAAUAUUUGAGCAUCAUGUCCCUUUAAGUAUCAGUGAUAUCAUAGUAAGGGUCCUAGUAAAGUAUGUGUUGUGAUCAGGGGUACACAUGUGUGUCUUACAGAAUAACAAAUAAGAAAUUGUCCCUUCAUUCAAGGUAACCCAUCUCCUGGCAUGUGGGUGCCAGGAAGUCAUAUGGUGCUAUGGAAUUGUGAGUGUGUUUAGUGUUCUGGACUUGAUUUAUUUAUUUUUUCAAGCAGCAUUGCUUCAACCUUCCUAUGCAUGCGCAAAUCUGUGGGCACUGGUUAAAUGCACAUUUGUAAGUGGUGGCAAUCCUGUCCCUGCAGACCCCGCAAUGCUGGAGUGGGGGGCCGCAGGUAAGAGGGGCCCGUCAGCUUUUCAGGGCCGGUGGGCUGCUGCAGUGCCACAUCACCUGCUGGGGAUCAGUGGCAGGGAGGAGAGGGAGGCCAUGGAGAAACCUGUGCACACAGCACGUUGCAAGGGUGCUCCGCUUCAGACCAUUCAGUUUGGGGGAAGGUUAGGGGGAAGGACAAGGACCAGUGGGCCUAGAAAAACAAUUGCUGCAGAGCCUAGAAAAAAAUGUUCCACCCCUGACAUUUGUAUUUACUGAAAUGUAAUUAUACUUAGAUUUGACUCAAUGCUAAUUAUAAUGGCACCUAAAUAUAUUAGGUUGUUGACCUAGGUCUAGCAAUGUAGUACUGAGCCAUUUGUAUUUUAUGCUUACAGAUUACUUCCUUCUGCUUAACUAGACGUUUGUUGUAAAAAUAAAUUAUCCAUUUCAUUA